AUGGAGGCGCUUGACGAGAUACAAUGGAAGUCACCCGAAUUCAUUCAGGAGCGGGGGUUAAAUACAUCGAAUGUCUUGGAAUAUUUCUCACUUUCUCCAUUUUAUGACCGUACAUCUAAUAACCAAGUGCUAAUGAUGCAAUUCCAGUAUCAGCAGAUUCAAAUACCUCCACAUACAACGUUUUCUCAAUUCUUCCAAUCUAAACUCUCGGAAAUGACUGGAAUUGAGUUUAUUAUAGCCUACGUAAGAGAGCCAGAUUUUUGGAUAAUACGGAAACAAAAAAGAUUCGGCGCAAACAGCACCAAUACUUUACAAGAUUAUUAUAUAGUCGGUGCAAAUGUCUAUCAAGCGCCUAAAAUUUUCGACGUGCUUCUGUCUAGAAUUUUAGCUAGUGUGUUGGCACUCAAACAAUCGAUCAACACUCUAAAUGAAAUGACAAGCUAUCACAUAUCGGAUGGUGGUCAUUCAUUCAACAACUCAAUUCAUGGGAAAGAGAAAGCAACAUCGUCACAGGCUCAAACAAAUGCCGAAACGCCAAUGCUGCUAAAUGACAGCCCUCAAAUACAAUACUAUUCAACGGCGAUAUCCAGCACAGCGUUUGACUCUCUCUUAAAUGAAGUUACCAAUGAAUCCGUGGAGCGAAAAGAUGUAUACACAUGA